GUGGGCAUUGUGCUGGUUCCAAUUUGAUGUAAAAAUUGGAUCUUGAAACUAAUGUUUAUUGUGAACUUAUUAUUCACUUUCGUUCAUCCAGAGGAUGCAAUGAAUCUUGUUUCUUAAUAGAGAUGACAAUUCUGGCAGGGGAUUACCUUAAUCAUGGGAGUAUCAUCCUUGAAGUUUGCUACUCACCACAAGUUUCCUACUCAGUUUCCAUUAAUAAAUGGAGAGGAUUUUCUUGAAAAUGUGUGGGCGAAUUUCAUCUCUGAAACAACGGCUAGCAGCACAAACCAGGAUGGAUUUGGAUCAUCAGAAUCAUUACAAGCUUUGGAGAGGUUGCCAAGUUUAGGCAGAUGGAUUUCCAUGGGGGCCGAGGCCUGGAAUCAGUUUCUUGAUGGAAUCGACACUACAAGCAAUUGUAGGAAGAAUACAUCCAACAUUGUAUUAGAAAACUCAAACACUUACUCAAAUGCAGAUAUUAAUACACCUGCAAAAGUCGCGAAAAAACAGUUUAGAGGUGUGAGGCGCCGGCCGUGGGGUAAGUACGCAGCAGAAAUAAGGGAUUCAUCGAGAAAAGGAGCAAGAAUUUGGCUCGGGACAUUUGAUACAGCCGAGGAAGCUGCCAUGGCUUAUGAUAAGGCUGCUCUAAGAAUUAGAGGCCCCAAUACAUAUCUAAAUUUUCCUAUCGAGACCGUUGUAAUUUCUUCCUACGAUGAUUGCCUAACUUCUUCCUCGUCUACCUCUUCUACAACUCGUUUUAAUAGUAAGAAAAGGGUGCCGCGGAAGAGGCGCAAUGAUUAUUUGGAGAGCUUGUUGUAACCCUUGUGACAAAAAAAUGUUCUUGUCUAGCAUAAGUAAUGCAAUAAAAAUUGUCUUUAAGAUGCUUUUCCGUGUAACAUAUCCAUUGAAAAUCCAUGAAUUCAAA